AUGGAUUCCUCUUUUGCACUAGUUCAACGAAAAUUUUCCUUGCCAGGCACAUUCUCAAGUCCAGUUGAUAGGUUCCAUAGGGCAUGCAAGGCUGGCCAGGUUGACUUAAUCAGAGAAUACUGCACUAGUGAUCUCAAAUACGAAGUACUAAACUCUACUAAUAAUAACCUUAAAUGGACUCCAUUGGUGAGAAGUAUCCUCGCUCGCCAGAUCACCAUCACUAAGAUCCUACUAGCUGCUGGAGCAGAUCCCGAAAUCAAAAGUGCUGAUGGAGAAACCGCUAUUUUUCAAGCCUGAAAAAUUCAGAGUUCAACAAUGCUUGAGCUAUUAGCCAGAUAUAAAGUAUUGAUAAACGUGGAGAACCUGAAUGGAGAUUAUCCUCUUCACAUAACCUCUCUGCAUGGUAACAAAAUGCUGUGAAAACUUUUAUUAAUAAAAGGAGCAGACCCUAACGUUCAAAACAAAUUUUCGAAAUAACACCCCUCUUCAUAUCGCCAUUGAAAGAGGACACAUGGACUGCGCCAUGAUCCUCUUCAAGUACGGAGCAAUGGGAGAUAUUCUAAACAAGAACGGUCAAACUCCUCUAAGCUUAGCAACCAAACUGGAUAAAAUCAAACUUGACCAUUAUUUUGCAUACCAAAGAAAGAGCAAAUCUGUGGUGCGACCCGAGCACAGAGGCUCUAGCACAAGCUUGAUUGACUGAGACAUCUCAUGAAUCUCCUUACAAAAGGUGUCUAACUGUGAGUCAGGAAUGAGUUCGCCUUCACUCUCACAUUGAACUUCUAAAUUCCUAUACUCAACUAUAAACACCAAGAAUCCCGAAGAGAGGCAAGAGAAUUUAUCUAAAAUAGAAGAGUCAAAAGAAGACUCAUCUGAGGUUACUCAGCAACCUCCCCGCUGGGAAGAGCGACAAGGGAUAUUAGAGAUCCAGCCAAGCAAAAGAAGUCGGUUUAAUGGUAAAGAAAGUUUGUCUAAACAAAUGCUGCAUGAAUUCCAGCCUCACCAAACUCCACAAAACCUUAACAGGUCUUAUAUAAAAAUCGACGAGAAUGACAUCAACAAGAGCCAAAUUGCAUUGCAGACUGAUCCAGAAUUGAUGAACAAAAAUGGCCUGACCACUCGAGAAGAUCUGCCCGAUAGUUUUCACUGAAAUCAGUCUCUAGACAAGCUGAAUGACAAAUUAAAACUGGUUUUGAAGGAAGAAGUUACUCAGAACCAAAACACACCUGAGAAAACACCUAUUUUUGACAAUGGAGGGUUUAACUUCACUCUUGGGUUCGGCCAGACAGCACAAUUUAACCCUAAAAUGAGUGAUACUAAGAUAAUCAGCCAAGGUGAUACUUUUGAGCAAACAAAAACUUAUGAUACCAAAAGUUUUGAAAUGAGCCCUCACAGAAAUUCUGGCAUUCAAAACUUCAAAGAUAUCUCAGGAGUCUCACUCAUUGAACCGGACCUUGCUCCUGUCUCAGACAGUGAUGAAAGUGCUGAAUUUGAAGAAUGGGAGCAAUUUGAUGAACGGAUUGCUUACAACACACAAGAGAGAAAUCUUUUAUCCUCUAUUGAUCAUAAUAUUCUCCAAAAGCCCGACCCAGAUUUUCAGGGGAAGAAAAUUCCCUUCUCAAGAAGUAGCUACAAUAGCACUGAGACCCCAUUCAAUCGAUAUAAAAGAGCUUGAGUGAAUUCAAUAAACCGCAGCAAUAUGGUAAUCAAAGACCCUGAAAUUACGAAUGAUUACAUAACGAUCCAUAAAAUCCCUGAUACUCCUGAAUGAAAGCUGAACUUAUUCGGCAAAUCUCACAAGGCAAAGUGUCCAGAGAGGCUCUAUUCGACUCAUUCUCAUAAAAUACCUUCAAGAGCAAACCAGAGUUAUGAUUGAGAACCGACCAAAAGAGGGACUAACUUUAUGGAGAGGAAGCCACCAAUUUAUACUCAGGAUUCAAGCCUGAACCUCACUAAUUUGUCCAGGAUAAUAACUGAGAAGGCAUGCUCAAAAUUCAGCUGCUCUCCGGAGCAAAACUCAGAAGAGUAUGAAUUGAAUAUCGUUAAUGACCAUCACGCAGAACAGCCUAUUGAUACUGAAAGAACUGAUGUAUCAGAGCAUGAAAGGGCAAAGCCAUUGCACCAAUCUCACAUAAAAAGAGCUGGUACUAAAUGCAAGGUAACUCAAAAUCUUCGCCAAAGGAGAACUUCUCAUCUUAUCCCAGACAGUGCUUGCAUCAGUGGCAUGAGAGAGGGGAAGAUAAGACCCUCUGCAGCACUUCCCUUCAACAAAAAGUUUGAAUAUUACCUAAAAAACUAGCUCAGGCU